UACGCUACGAUUAUGGAAACGCGACUUUUAAAAGCGGCAACUCCUCAGCGACUUUGGCGGCAGCUAUUUUCACUAGAAAGUAAAUAAAUCGCCAUUUGCGUUGUUUUUUCUCAACGAAAUCGGAUAGAAUUAUGUCUGUUUGGUCAGCUCUCCGUCGAUCUUCCCCACCGACCAGCCGCUUCUCCGCCGCGCAGCGCUUCCAACUCCGUCAAUUCUCCGCCGCAGAUCCAUCUCGUGAAUCUGCGCAGUUCCAGAGUAAUUCUGGAGACGAUCGCCGAAUCAAUUUGCUAGGAUGGAUUACGGCCGGAGUUAUCACCAGCUCCGCCGCCGCCCUUUCUCUUCACUCCUUUUCGUCGUCUCCGCCGCAGAUGUCGUUCGCUGACUUCUCUCCUCUGUCCGCCUCCGUUGUUCAAUUGUCUCCAGCUCAAAAGAAUAGUCAAUCGAAAUUUAUCUUCGGAGAGGCAUAUAGAAGGAAGAUAUUUUUUAAUUAUGAGAGACGCAUUAGAAUGAGGAGUCCUCCUGAGAAGGUAUUUGAAUAUUUUGCUUCCGUUCGCGCCGAUGAUAGAGAAGUUUUUAUGACACCGGCUGAUCUGAUGCGAGCACUUGUUCCCGUAUUUCCUCCAUCUGAAUCUCACCUUGUAAGAGAUGGAUACCUCAGAGGGGAAAGGCCUCCGGGUGAAUUGCAUUGUGCGCCAUCGAACUUUUUUAUGCUUUUUGACACAAAUAGUGAUGGUCUAAUAUCAUUCAAAGAGUACUUAUUCUUUGUUACACUUCUUAGUAUUCCAGAAUCAAGCUUUUCAGUAGCAUUCAAGAUGUUUGACCAGGACUGCAAUGGGAAAAUAGACAGAGAGGAGUUUAAAAAAGUGAUGACUUUGAUGCAAGCUCAUAAUAGGCAAGGUGCUGUACACUGUGAUGGACUUCGUGCAGGGCACAAAUUGUGUGGUUCAGGGGAAAAUGGAGGCUUGGUGGAGCAUUUCUUCGGAAGGGAUGGCAAAGAUCUUCUUGAACACGAGACUUUCGUCCAGUUCUUGAGAAAUUUGCAUGAUGAAAUGGUGAAAUUAGAAUUUGCUCAUUACGACUACAAGUUACGAGGGACCAUAUCUGCCAAGGACUUUGCAUUGUCCAUGGUUGCAUCAGCAGACUUAAAGCACCUGAGCAAACUGCUUGAUCGUGUUGAUGAUUUAGAUCACCAGCCAAACAUUCACAAUAUUCGCAUUACCCCUGAGGAAUUUAAAAGCUUUGCCGAAAUACGGAAAAAAUUGCAGCCAUUUUCCUUGGCACUUUUUAGUUUUGGACAUAUGAAUGGGUUGUUGACAAGGAAGGAUCUACAAAGAGCUGCCCAACAAGUAUGUGGGGUCUAUCUCACCGACAAUGUCCUCGACAUAAUAUUCCACGUGUUCGAUACAAACGAAGACGGAAGCCUAAGCUCUGACGAGUUCGUGAGAGUUCUGCAAAAGCGAGAGAAAGACAUAGCUCAGCCCACAGAAGCAGGUUUCUUCAGCUUUCUGUCAUGCUGUUGGCAUUGUUCAAAUGCAAAUUCGAUUACUACUAAGUUGCUGUCCUCAUGAAUUGACAAGUCUUAUUUGUCCUUGUUAUUGGUGUACAUAAUGACUGGAUUCUGGAAUUAUAGCAAGGGCAGAUUUGUCUUUCAACUUCUAUAUAUAGGGGGAUUUGAAUUUUGAAUUACAACCAUUUCUGUAGUGACUAAUGAUAGUUUUCCUUGGUGUUAACAGACUGGACUUGUCUCUCUGUUCGUAACAUGUAACAACUAAUAACAUUACUUACUAUUGAAGUUAUUACAGAUUAUUGGAAGGGUAGAUUAGUCUUUCACUUUA